AUGUCGAAGCGAGUUGCCGACAAGCCUUUGGAUUAUGAUAAUUGGGAUGCUCCAGAUGAACCCGUUAAGCCCGGUGUUUUUGAAAAAGCUGACGAGGCUACCAUAAAGGCUCGGAAUAUUAUAAUCGCCAGAAGGAAGUCUGGUCAACCCAUUGCUCAGUCCAGGCGCGGCCUCUUUAAAACUCUUGAUGUUUUUGGGUCCCCUCAAUCCACACCAUCUCCCACUCUCUUCAUUACAUCUUCUAAAUCGGAAUCCCAGAAUGAUGUUUACCUGGCAAAACUGGCAGUCCUUAACAAAGAGGUGUCAGCAUGGAUCUCGAAGCAUGUUGCGGCGGAUCCUUACUGCAUCUUAACUCCCAUAUUUGACGAUUACGCUAAGCACCUCUCCUCGAUCGAAUCACCAGCAAGUGACACAAUAACUGAGAAACAAGCAACCCAGUCCACUGCUGCCCCAGCCCCUAUCUCCACCUCGGCGGGGGGAUGCGUUGCACCGGAAGCUGCGGUCCCGCCGAUUCAACCUGUCACAACAGCAGCAACAACAACCACUACCAAUGGAUUUAGCUUCAAGUUUCAGACGACGACAACCACUGAGUCAGUCGUUUCGAGACCACCCCUUUUCCAGUUUGGAUUAGCGUCAACAACUAGUUCGAAUAGCACUUCCCCAAAUACGCAAAUGUUUUCCUUCGCUUCUGCCCCAGUAAAGCAGGCAGAAAAUUCAGAUUCCGCUACCACCACUAACGCUGCACUUGGGAUUGAUCAAGGUGAUGAGGAAGAGUACAUUCCUCCGAAACCUGAGGUGAGGGAAAUCAAGGAGGAAGGUUCUGUUUACACAGUCAGAUGCAAACUCUUUUACAAAAAGGCCGAUCAGUGGACUGAACGAGGCCUAGGAAAUCUUCAUAUUAUCCCCUCUAGUGACGAAAAGUUUCAACUUCUCGUUCGAGCUGACACUAAUUUGGGAAAUAUACUUCUAAAUAUAAUGGUAACAAAGGAUAUUCCAAUGCAGCUGCAGAAAAAUAACAUCACUUUCGCCUGUGUGCCCUCCCCACCACUACCAGGAAAUUCAAAAACGAAGGAGGGAGAGGAUGCAGCUUCACCUCCCCGACCUGUCCCGAUGCUCAUUCGCGUUAAGAGUCCUGAGGCUGCUGAGAACCUGCUUGCCGAGAUAGAUAAGCACCGUGGGAAAAAAUGA